CCAUUAGCGACAGUGUGAUUCGUCCCCCCUCUUCUCGUUCCUUCUCGCUCGUUCUUCAGACAGCAUUACUCGUAGCAGCUCAUCCACGCCGCGAGAAGCGACUUUCCUACACAGCGAGAGCAGACAGCAGCGUCGACGUGAUCAGACAGGUCGUGAAACCGAUUUUCGAGAUACCAUCCUCACCCUUGACGCAUGAUCGGACUUCACGCAGUGAUUUCCGUCCUAUAGAGAGUGCUCGUUAUGGUCUUGGCUAGGGCAGUCGCGGCGUCGUCUGCCCUUUCGCCUGUUGUUGGGGCUGCGGCGGCGACGGGAGCGCUUGCCGCUUCAUCAACACCCGGACACCGCUUCCAUUCCUCGCGACAGAUCGCCACCAACGAUGCCGUCGGCGACGCAAGUGGGAGUCGGACACCUGCCGAAUCACCGAUCGCUAGGCGACCUCUGAGUUCAUCCAAGCUUUGCAGAAGUACGAGUUCGCCUGCGACAUUCUCUCAUCGACCGCUAGGUGCGUCCUCGGCGAGAGCCUCUCUCGGUGCCCCGGGCCAUCAAAGGAGGCUCUUCUCCUCGUCCUCAAGGGUCGAGGCGAGCGGCGCCAAGGACCCUUAUGCCACGCUUGGAGUCAAAAGAGAUGCUUCCAGCAAGGAGAUCAAGAGCGCCUACUACGAUCUCGCCAAGAAGUUCCACCCAGACACGUCGAAGGAAAAGGGAGCAAAGGAGCGCUUUGUGGAAAUCCAAUCGGCGUACGACAUUCUCUCCGAUGACAAGAAGAAGGCAGCUUUCGAUCAGUACGGCACGACCGAUGGAUCUCCCGGUUUUGAUCCAUUUGGCGGCGGCGCUGGCGGUGGCUCGCCCUUCGGAGGUUUCGGCGGGGGAUUUGGCGGCUUCCAGAGCUUCGGUGGUGGGGGCGGAAACGCACAAGACAUCUUUGAAGGUCUCUUUGGGGCGUUUGGUGGCGGGGGACGAUCAAGAGGUGGCCAGGCAGGAUUUGCUGGCGAAACAAGGGGCGAAGACCUGGACACAAGCGUCACCAUCUCCUUCGAGGAGGCCUGCCGUGGCACCACGCGUAGCGUGACGAUUGCCCCCGUCGAACGGUGCUCGACGUGCACGGGCAACGGAAUGAAGCAAGGGGCAAAGAAGCGCACCUGUGGUGUGUGCAAUGGUACCGGUACUAGGACUUUUGUGAUCCAGAACGGCUUCCAAAUGGCCAGCACCUGUCCAGCCUGUGGCGGAGCGGGUCAGUCUGUUGCGCCGGGAGACGAGUGCGGGACAUGCGAGGGUGUCGGUCGAGUGCGAUCACGAAAGACUGUCGAGGUCAAGAUCCCGCCAGGCGUCGACGAUGGCGCCAAGAUCCGGAUGGACGGAGCCGGCGAUGUUCCCUUGCAAGGCUCUGGACCGCCCGGGUCUCUGUAUGUGCGGAUAGGCGUGCGACCCAGCAAGACCUGGCGUAGGCAAGGCACCAACCUCUACUACCCUGCGACGGUCCCCUUCCACACGGCAAUCCUGGGUGGCAAGGUUCGUGUCCCUACGCUUGAUGGAGACGUCGACGUCAGAGUCCCCGCAGGCACUCAGGUGGGCGAUGAAAUGCUUUUGCGAGGGCGGGGUGUGACGAGCUUGCUGCGAAAGGGCGACAAGGGAGACCUCUUGGUCCAGUUCGAAGUCACGAUACCCAGGUCCCUGACAAAACGGCAAAAGGAAAUUCUUCAACAAUACGUUGACGAGGUCGAAGGGCGAAAGACAUCUCCCCCGCCUCAGCAACAAUCACCGCCACCGCCGCCGCCGUCUUCGGAGCAAGAGGCGCCCAAGGCGAGCAGUAAGGCGGCCGAAGAGCCAAAGCCGUCUUCUUCUGGUGGGUUUCAGGGUGGUUUGAGAGGAAGAAGGUAUGGGGUCCAGGAGGAAAAGAGGUGGUCUGCUCCCUCUUCCUCUGCCUCUUUCCAGCCUCCUCCCCCCUCGUCGCCGUCACCGUCUCCGUCCUCGUCCUCGCCGGCGCCAAGGAAGGACGAGGCAAGCGAGAGCAAGGGAGCGAGUUCGUCCCAGGGUGGAGAGGAGCACGCUUCAUCUUCGAGAAAGAGCGAGGCAGGGAGCGAGGCAGAGGGCGAGGCAGCAGGAGGCGAGGCAGGAGGCGAGAGGCAGGGCUUCGUCGGCAAAGCCUGGAACUGGUUCACGGGCGGUGGCGGGAACAGGCGAUGAUCUUGAUAGACACGAGUCUCCGCACUUCCCGUGCACCUUCCUUUUCCCCUUCAUCGCAUUGUAGAGUUAGAGAAGCAGAAGAGCUGAUGGCAACGCCCGUACUUUCACCACUCAACACAGACCCAUCGCCGUCAUCCGGGGCCGGAGCACAGCAGGAGGAGCAUAAGGCAGGAGGCGACCACGAGAGCAAGAAGGCUGCGCUGGAAGAGGCAGAGACGGACAAGGAGGGGCAAUCAACGUCUUCGAGCAAGAAAUGAAUAGACAGGCCGCGAAAGCCUAGAAACCAGACACUACUUAAUCGUAAUCACCGCUCUCGUCUUAUCGGUAGUCUUUGAACGUAAUGCGACCAGAGAGAGAAAACUAGAGCCUGGAGUGCAGAUGUCGUCUGGGAAAGAAGACAGAUCCAUUCUACACUGGAGAAGAGAA